AAUAGCAAAGAGGGAGAGAACAGGAGCAGGAGAAAGAGGCAGGGGUGAGAGUUAAAAACACGUGCGGGGGCAAAGGGGAGAACGAUCAUGGAGCUGCUCCUGUGGCUCUGGUCCCAGCUUCGAUCCUGCGGGAACAACCUCCCAACACUGGGCAUAGCCCUCACAGUCUUCGCUCUGCUAUUUGAUUUCCUGAAGCGCAGGAAGAGCUGGAGUCGCUACCCACCAGGGCCGACCUCGCUGCCUUUCAUUGGGACCAUGCUGCAGAUCGAUUUCCACAACCCGCACCGCUCCUUUACCCAGCUGAGUAAAAAAUAUGGAAAUGUCUUUAGUCUUCAGAACUGCUGGAGUAAUCUGAUAGUAUUGAAUGGAUUCAAAGCAGUAAAGGAAGCAUUGGUCCAGAAAUCAGAGGACUUUGCUGACCGACCAUACUUUCCUAUAUAUGAGCACUUGGGUUAUGGAGAGAACUCCGAAGGGGUGCUGCUUGCUAGAUAUGGUCAUGCCUGGAAGGAGCAAAGGAGAUUUGCUCUCUCCACCUUGAGGAACUUUGGGAUGGGAAAGAAAUCCCUGGAGCAGCGUGUGACCGAGGAAGCUGGAUUUCUAUGCUCUGCGAUCUGUUCUGAACAAGGUCGUCCUUUUGAUCCACAUUUUCUUAUAAACAAUGCAGUUAGCAAUGUGAUCUGCUCCCUCGUCUAUAGUGAGCGCUUUGACUAUGACAAUAAGAAAUUUCAGAGGUUGCUGCAUUUGGUUGAACAGGCCUUGAAGGAAGAAGGUGGAUUCCUGCCCCAGCUCCUUCUUGUAGUACCUUGGCUGCUGCGCAUCCCUGGAGUGCCACAGAGCGUCUUCCGAGCCCAAAAGGAGGUCCUGGACUUCACAGAUGAGCUUGUGAAGGAGCACAGGAUGACCUGGAAUCCUACCCAAAAGAGAGACUUCACUGAUGCUUUUCUACAAGAGAUAGAGACGGCUAAAGAGCAUGCGGGGACCAGUUUCAGUGACAACAACCUUCGUUUGGUAACAGUUGACUUGUUUACCGCUGGCACUGAGACCACCUCCACCACCCUGCGCUGGGCAUUGCUGUACAUGCUUCUCCAUCCUGACAUCCAGUGUAAAGUCCAUGAGGAAAUUGAUAAGGUGAUUGGCAGGGACAGGUCACCCAAGAUGGAGGACCAAGCGAACAUGCCUUAUACCAAUGCUGUGAUCCAUGAAACUCAACGUUAUGGGGAUAUUGUUCCUGCUGGAUUGCCUCACAUGACAUACCGGGACACCGAGCUCCAAGGCUACUUCAUUCCAAAGGGGACGACAGUCAUCACUAACUUGUCCUCGGUGCUGAAGGAUGAAACGGUUUGGGAGAAGCCGCACCAGUUCUACCCGGAGCACUUCCUGGAUGCAGAUGGACAGUUUGUGAAGCGAGAGGCCUUCCUGCCUUUCUCUGCAGGUCGUCGUGUUUGCCUGGGGGAACAACUAGCCAGGAUGGAGCUCUUCCUCUUCUUCACUAGCCUGCUGCAGCAUUUCACCUUCCAUCUCCCUGAGGGCCAGGCCAGGCCUCGAGAGGAUGGACACUUUGCCACGACACUCACCCCACACCCCUAUCAGAUCCUGGCUGUCCCAAGAUAAGUGCAGUGUUUUGCAAAGUUCUCCUCAUAUAUUUUAGGAAGGCUGUAGUGCUUAACUGAAAGAUGCUCCUACUCCGGUGGGAGAGUUUCUCCUGUCAAUAUAGUUAAUCCACCUCCCUGAGAGGCGAUAGCUGUGUUGGCAGGAGAAGCUCUGACGACAUAGCGCUGUCUACACAGGCGUUAGGUCGGUAUAACUAUGUCGCUCAGGGGUGUGGAUUUUUCACACUCCUGAGCGACAUAGUUAUACCUGUAUAGGCCUGUAGUUUAGGCCUGGCCUUAGCAUUGUGUCUGCUUCAUUCUUUAACAGAGUCUCCUUGAGAUCCUCUGAAGUUAUGCUAUCAGCACUAUUGGCCGUUUACCCGUCAGCAUUGUGUAGAUCCCUGUUGCGUGUUGGUACAAAUAGCAAAUGUGUAACGGAAUGCUCAAGAUAGCGUGAUUACAUGUGGGUAGCAAGAGCCUGGCAGACUUGUCACUGCAACACAUAAUAUGAGCUUAUUGCAGCUGUUUAAAUGGGAAAGUCGGUGC